UGCCCGGCGGGCGGCGCUCAGUCACACGCCAGCGGACUGAGGGAGGGAGGCGGGAGCAUGGCUGGCAGGUCCCUGCGGGCGGCCCGGCAUCACCUCAGCCCGCUCUUCUCGUUGGGCGCUCGGCGGCCCAGCAGAGAUUGCUUGUGUGUCUUCAGCACUGCGGCCCAGCAGAGGAGUACGGGAGAUGAGUGUGGACCAGAGGAUCCCCGCAAUGAGCCGAGGCAUCCCCUUUCUGAGCGAACUCUAGAGCUCAAAGCCAGCAAACUGGAAGAACAAGUCCGUGAUUUAACUGAGCAAUACCGGAAAGCAGUGGCGGAUUCGGAAAAUGUCCGGAGGAGAACACAGAAGUUUGUGGAAGAUGCCAAGCUGUUUGGGAUCCAGAGUUUCUGCAAGGACCUGGUGGAGGUAGCUGAUAUCUUGGAGAAGACUACUGAGAGUGCUGCAAGAGAAGCAGAGCCUCGUGACCCAAAACCAACCCUCAAGAAGAUCUGUGAAGGCCUCUCCCUCAUAGAGGCCAAGUUGCAAAGUGUAUUUGCCAAGCAUGGCCUUCAGAAGAUGAACCCCGUCGGUGGCAAAUAUGAUCCAUACGACCAUGAAAUAGUCUGCCAUGUGCCAGCAGAGGGAAUGCAGCCUGGCACAGUGGCACUAGUGACUCAGGAUGGUUAUAAACUCCACGGCCGCACUAUCAGACACGCACAUGUUGGUGUGGCAGUAGAGUCACAGGAGUGAUAUAGUGGGUGCACCCAUUGGGAUCUGAGCUGAGGACUCUGUCACACAGUGGCGAUAGCAGCUGCAUGUCUUUUCUUUUAUUUAUUAAGCUAGGUUUGUAUUGUACAUUGGCUUCUUCACAACAUGUGCAGUAAUCUUGGCUUUAAUUCCACGAGGCUCAAUUAUUUAAUGUUACUUUUUCUGGUGUGUGUGUAAUGCUGGGAAUCCUGCUGUUUAUCGGAAGCAUGUGGCACUGCUCGCCCCCUUCUCUGUUGGAUUCAGGUCUCUAUUAAAACUUGCACUGGGGGAAGAAGAGGGAGUUGGGGAGAUAGAAUCUCAGAGCCAGGAAUUUCUGCCUUCUGAUCCCAGCUGUGACGUACUCUUUCUGUGGCUUUCGGCAAGUCACUUAGCCACUCUGCCUCAGUUUCCCUAUUUGUAAAAUAGGGAUAUAAUAAUACUUACUAACCACGUCACAGGGGCAUUGUGAGGAUUAAAUAAUAGUUGAGAUGCACCUUAGAGCUGAAGAUCUCUAGCUAAGUGCUAAGUAUUAUUAUGAGACUCUUGUGUGGUCUUUUAUUUUUCCUGUUUUCCCUUAGGCAGAAGGAGCUGUGAAAGCAUCUGCCAUUUUCAGCCAGACUUUUCUCGUUUCUCUUCAGAAAGCAAUUCUGAAUUAACAAAGCCUUAAUCAUCUUGUAUUUGAGUAUGGGUGAGGG